AUGGAAGACAGUGGAAGCUUAAGCGAUCUAGAUUUGGACGUGCCUCCCAAGAUGACUUUCGAAGAGGCGAAGUCUCAAAUAUUCAAAGAUCCAAAGCAAAUCAAACACAAAAAAGAAUUGCUCAAGACAAUGUACUACUAUUGCAGAGAUUAGAAGAAAAAUUCAAGGCUUAUCACGAUUUUCUUCUGGCCAAUGAUAGUUUAGCUGAUUUUAGAGAAGAAUAACAACAAAGUUUCACUAUUUGGACUUAAAAUCUUGAACUCACUCAUCUAAGAUGACGGUAUUAACGAAGAAAUCAUUAGAGUAUCGAUGCCAGAAAAGCAAAAGGAAUUACAAAACUAGAUUAACCAGCAAAACAAGGACACGCCCAGUAUUGCUCAGUAGCCAAUGAGCAAAGAGUAGCAAGACAAGGACAACAAAUACAGGGAGCAAGAGAACCUAAUUCAAAUUCUUAAAGAUACCAAGAUAGUUACAAGCGAAGAAAUAGAUGCGGACAAGCACUACUACCUGGACAGAAUGAAGGAGCUAAUGAAGCACAGUGUGAAUCCAGUAUCAGCUCUGGUAAAAAAGAUUCUCGCCACAGAUAGCACCAUGAUUAUGAAUGAAGCCACUAAAGCACUUAGGAAUUUUUCAAAGACUCAAGUGGUGAUUGACGAAUUAAUGAAAGAGAACAGACUGCUCGCCAUCAUAAGAAGCAAAUUUAUGGAUUCAGAUCCUUUGAGUCAGCAGUACAUAUUGGAAGUGAUUUCAAUGACUUGCAAGUUCCAAAACUACAGAAAGGAACUAGUCAUGCAUGAGGACUUCAUUGAGAUAAUAAUGUCCCAGGUCAAGUCCAUAUCUACCAAAGUCACCUACUACACCCUCAAGAUUUUCAGGCAACUAGCCAAAGACGAACAAAAUCUGAGCAGACUGCAAGGAGAGAAACUAAGACUCUCACAUAAAUUGAUAUAUGCGUUCAAGUGGCUGGAUAGCAAGAACAAUCAGGAUAAUAACAACAAUAGCGACAAUCAAAAUGAUUUCCAAGAUUUCCAAAAACUUCCCAAGGAUUUCAGCAAAGAUCAAUAAUAAGAUGGAACCUAGGUGAAUGAACUAGACAUGAUAUAUAGGGAAAUCUCAAAGACAUUCCAAUACAUCCUGAAAUACUACGACAUUCAUUAGAAGCUGCUUAAUGAAGCCUAGGCUAAGCAAGCCAGCACUGGUGAGAACGGAUUCACUGAAAACGAUAUCAUUGACACCAUCAUAUCUCUCGGCAAAGCAACUAAUGAUCCAAAGACUACUCUCAAUGCUGCAACUUCUUUAGCUCAUAUCACUGAGAUUCUGCACUGCAAUGAUGUUGUCGCCUCUCAAGAUGCAAUUGAGUUCAUGAUGGACAUGCUAAAGGACACCAAGAACAUCAAACAUCAUAGAUAAGGCUGCAGGUACUUUGCCAAUUUGAGUUUCUACAGCAAUCACAGAAACUCCUUAGUGCAGAAUAAGAUCACAGCAUACCUGCUAGGAGCAAUUGAAGCUGAUGGACUACUGGAUGAGGACACCAUCAAGCAUAGUGCUAUUGCCCUGGCUAAUCUAAGUUCUCACAAGGAUUUUAUGACCCAGACUCAGAAGCCAGGUAAGGGUGAUCUUGCAUAGAUAUCAAAGGUUGAGAGAGGGAAGAUUAAACCCCUCAUUCAUCUUUUGGAUUCUGCGAAAGAAGGUAAGAUCAAUCUCAUUCAGAGUGCAUGCAUAACCCUUUGUAAUAUGGCAAGCAAGCCAAGUCUGCAUUAACAUUUCGUGCAAGAACCAGAAAUAUCUACUAUCAAGAACUGUCUUUAAAAUCCUAUUGAUAAGGAUAAUGGGAAUGAGCUUGCGAGAUUCAUGAUAAAGUUAAUCUGCAAUCUAACUAAGAAUCCUGAAAUACUUCCGCAACUCUCAAAGAAGGGAUUUUUAGAGAUAUUAUUUGACCUACUUAACCCUGAGAAAGAAAAGGAGAUAUUUGGAAAUGUAGUAACAGCGAUAUCUUAUAUGAGUGUAUUAAAAGAAUGUCAAGAUAAAAUAGUGAAGCAUAAGAUACUCAGCAGAGUUUUAGAGCCAAUCCAGCAGAUCCAUGAAGUCGAUCAAAAACUGAUCAUAAUAGCUUUGACUUCAAUGCUAUUUAACGGCAUAGAGCUGCAAAGAGAGUUCAUUAAAUACAAGGGAUUAGAUACUUUGCUAUUUUUUAUGAAUCUCAAGGAAAAGCUAUUUUAGCAGCUUUCUUGCAAGUGCUUCUCUCUGCUAUCUGAAAAUAAUGAUAACUUAACAGAGAUACUUACCUAAGAUUGCCUAAGUAGUGUCAUUAUUUCUUGCUUGAAAACAAAAGACAUAGACCUUGAGACUUUGAAGGAGAUUACUAAAAUCUUUAUAAACUUGAUACUUUGGAGAAAGCUAAGAAAGGAUAUGAUAGAGACCACUUGCUAUCUAUGUGACAUAGGAUUUAUGAUCAAAGACCUAGAUAUGAAUAUCUUAGCCAUCUUUUGUCUUAAUUCUCUUUCAGAAAAUGAAUACUCUCACCAGUAUAUCAUAAAGUCCUGUAUUGAUGAUGGAGUGAAUGCUGAAGAUAUUACUUAGCAAUCAGGAAUCUUCUAAAGAAUCAACUAUCUGCUAGAGCUAUAUGAGUUACAUUAAAAGUAAGAGGAUAAACUUUAGAGUGAUACUCUCAAGUACGAAUUAUUAGUACAGCUAAUCACUUCUUUCUACCUAAAUCUCUCAAGAAAUGAUGAUAACUUAGAAUUUUUACUAAGUCUGAAGCUAUUUAAAAAGCUUAACAACUUAAUGCUGACUCACUUACAGACUUAAAAGGUAAAAGCUUCAGAUAACACAGCACUCUGCUAUACUAAUACAGUGUUUGGAAAGCUACUCAAAACUUCUUAGAGUAGGAAAUAGUGCAUAGAAGAAGAGGGCCAUAAACUUUUCAUAAACAUUCUAAAGAACAAGCAAAAUGAAUACCUAUUCCUUGAAACUCUAGACUCAAUCAAACUAUUCAUCACAAAGAGAGAGUACCUUAAUAAGUUCCAUCAAAUCCCAGCAAGUAUGGAGUUAUCAAACACUUCUCACGAAUUAAAUGUUUCUUAUCUUUAGGUGCUAGCCAUACUGUCCUUUGAGAAGGAUAAUCAUAAGUCACUAAAAGAAAUCAAUUUUGUGGAGAAACUUGAAAGCAAAAACUUAUUUGAAAUGAUAUUCAAGCACUUCGAGAUGCUUAAUGAUGAUAGAAAGAAGCAGAACAGACUAAGCACUAUUAACAAGAAAAAGUUAAAGAUAGAUAAAAAGGAGUUAGUUGAAGAGUUCAAGGACCCAGAUGAGGAAGAUAAAAAGUUGAGGAAAAGGAAUAAGAUGAAAAUUGAUAAGGAAAAGGAUCUGGAAUUGACUCUUGCUGUCAGUAUAAUUCUAGCUAAUCUUUCAUCAGAUGAUGAUUUCAUAAGGAAUCUUCUGGCAAUAAACAAAUGGAAAAAGAAAGAAAAGAAGAUGGCUAUGGACGAUAAUGCUAAUAACUCAUAGAUGUAGCAAAUGAUGUCAUCCAGUUAUCAAUAGAACUCCCAACUUGGCCUAGAGUCACAGAUGUCAGACCAUAGUUUGUCUUAUUAAAAAGAGGAAUUAAAGUAAGGAGAUGACUCACAUGAUUACAUAAACGAAAAUCAGCAUUAAAAGCAAGGAAUAGCAAUGGGACUCCAUUUAAUAGAUGAUAAUCAUGCAAUGGAAGAUACUAGCAGAUACAGUGACAACGAGAAUAAUCAACAAAAUCUAUUAGCUGUAGGAGGUAACCACCACCAUCACAACCAAGUUUCACUCAUUGAGGAGUUUUACGACGAUAAUAAGCUGCUAGAAAUCCAUGAGGUCUAGAGAAUUCAAAAACUAAUUGAUCUUCUAAGUCAUGAAAACUAAUUUGUCACUGAGCAAAUCGCCAUCCUUCUGGCAAAUGUUUCAAACUCUUCUUAUUUCAAAAACAUCUUUAUGACGGAAAGCUCAAAGAAGGCGCUCCAGAAAAUUCUCAAACUCGACAAAAAACAUAAGCCGACUCAAGUAACCCUUUUAGCUAUAUUGAUUGGAGUACUGAAUCUCUCAGCAUUGAAAGACAUGGACAAGGCAAAUGAUAAUAUCAAAUUUUUCUCAAGUCUCGAGGAUAUAAUCAAGAACGACCAGCUGCCUUAUGUUACCAAAUCUAUCGCACUGCUAGCGAUCUCUAAUAUCUACACCCUCUCUAAAUCGAUAUCAAUAUCUCACGAGACUAGAGACUUUGCCUUCCACGUGCUUUAAAACUGGAAAGGUAUUGCUGAAGAGCAUGUAGAGCAGCAAAGUACUCAACAGUAAUAAUAAAACCUAAUGGACUAGCAUUAGACUCAUAACUCCCUAGUCGUUGCAACCUAUAAUCAGCAUAUGGAAAUCGUAAAGAAUCUAAUAUACUCAUCAAUGAUCUUGUUCUACAACAUGAUUCUCAGAAAGCCGAAUAAAGACAUUAUAAAGAAACUGAUUCAGAUAAUAACUGAGAAUAUUAUAACUUUUGAUGAUCAGUAAAUAGUAAACAUUGUACUUGAGCUAGUUACUUUAUUCACCAAAGAAAAAGAAAUUGCUCUUCUUGUUUUUAAGAAUAUGAGUAUCUUAGAGUACACUUUUGACAAACUGAAGGUAUGCCACAAAGAAACUUUGAAGAUGAGUGCUUUGGCUUUAAGCAGACUGGCAGCCAGACUAGAUGAGUAUAACAGCGAGUUCUUCAUAAUAAACCUUAGAAAAUUCAAGGACUUCGACUAGGUUGUUGAAAAUAUUAACAAGAUAUAAAAUCAUGAGCAGAUGGACGCCAUCCUCAAGUACUUCUUAAACUUCUUGGAAAACGUCAGCAGCUUCAAAAAGACUAGAGAUGAGCUUGACUGCUCUAAAUUGUACGAUUCCACCAUUCUACUAUAUACUGAAAAGAUCAGCCUUGAGAACAAAGUAUCCCUUAUCAACAUUAUCUUUAACUUGAACUUCAAUCUGACUGAACCUAGAGUGCUCCCUAAAGAAUUCUUGAGACUCUUAUAUAAGACUUAUAAGGAUGAAGCUAUGCGAGAUGACUAGAAAACUCUUAGAAAAAUCAUAGUGCUGAUUGUCUCAGCCUCUGCUCUUGAGGACAAUCACAAGAACCUGAUUAAAUCUGGAUUUUACACCUAGUUCAAGAAGAACAUCAAUGAACUCUACGAGAAACUCAUCGAGGCAAAUGAAGAGGUAGAAUUGUUUGGACUAGUCAAUAUUGCUCUAAACAAGAAGUACAUGAAUAUGAUUUAUCAGGAUUUGAAGAAGAUAUACAAGAUAGCGCUUAAGAACUAAAAGAUCGACUUCAAGACCAAGGUAGAUCUGUUCUCAGAGUGUUCUAAGUUCUUGCACAAGAUUUCAAACUCUUCGCCAGAGAAAGGAAAUUAAUAAGCAGCAAAUGAGAAGGAUAUUUCAUCAGAGAUGAUUGAUCACUGCUUGAAGGCGCUCUUAUUCUGUUUGAUUUAACUCAUUUAGAUGAUGGAUGAGACUCAGUACUAAAUGUUCAAAUAUUUCCUCAAUGCUAUCCUGGAAUCAACCAAAAACCUUAAAAAUCACUUGAUUAUGCUGAUAAAAAUAGACCAUCUCCUUGAUUUCUUAUCGCUUGUGAUGGUAAAAGACUUUGAGUUCCAAAUGAAGGAAUUUGAUGACCAGGUGUUAAAUUUCUCACUCAGAAUUAUAGUGUGUGAAAUCUUUUUCAACCUCAAAUUUGAAAAGAACUUUUUCAAGAGGGAAAAUAUAACUGAUUAAAUUAAGCUUUUGGUAAACUUUGCAUAGAAAGUGAUUACUAUGAAUAUUGAUAAGAAGAUGACCAUAGUGUCUAACACUCUCAGGCUUUUGUCUUAAAUGAUUGCGAAUAUUCAUGCCUAGCCCUAUGCUCACGAGAAAAUACUCAGAACUAAUGCUGUUGAAUUUGUUAAAGAAGCCAUGACAUUAUCUAAAGAUCUAUAGCCAUGUAUUAACAUUGAUGCUUUAUUUUGCCUGACUAAUAUGAUGAAUAUAAGAGAACUUGCGCUGAACCCAGCUAUUUUAAAUCAAGAGACAGUGAAUAAUGCCUUGAUUAUAUACUUUGCAUACAAUCACCAGGUCGAAUUAGAUGAAUGCAUUAUAACAUUCCUGUACUCAAUCUCCAAGAUGACAGAGUAUUAAAUGCUGCUGAAAGAUAAGAGCAAGGUGCUGUUUCAUUUGAUGGACAAGCAUCUUGAUUCUAGCAAAGGAGAAGGAUAUAAAGAGUCCUGCAGAAAGAAGAUAUUCAGUACUAUCCACAACAUGACAGAAACUGAGGACGUUUGCAAUCAGCUGAAUGUGCCUAAAUUCAUUUAACUAACCAAUAAAAUGCUCUAGCAAACCUCUCAAAACCUCUACUCCUCCGACAACAUCCAUGAACUCGCCUUGAAAUCACUGAUCAACAUGUGCAGAAACAAUAAUGAGAGCCUCUAAGAGGCAAAUCUCAAAGAGCUUUUCAGUGGAAUCUCCUAGCUUUAUUCGAGGUUCAAGAGCUUAGCAAAGUAGUAUGCACUUCGUCUGAUAACUUUGCUGACUAAACAGUGGAAUGCCUAAAAGAUUGAAGAGUACUUAGUAGAGAUUGUAGAAAUCAUUUCAUAGUUUAUAGAGAGAUGUGACUCAAUGAUAGAAAUCAGAUUGGCACUUCUGAAUAUUGAAAGGAUAUCAUUCUUUAAGAAGCUGAUGAUCAAACUUGCUGAGGUACCUUGCGAGUCACUAAUUAAGAAUAUUGGAAACUUUAUCCAAAGGUCCAUGAACAAAGAAGACUAUAGUCUGCCUAUUGAGUAACUUAUAAGAUUCUGUAAAAAGUUCUCCAAGUAAUCCGAUUCACAUUAAUACCUAGUAAACUACAAACUACACUAGCUUUCACUGGACUAUAUAACUAAAUUCCAAAACUUAAAUUACAAGGACUUUAGUGAAAAGCAGCUCAGAUCAGUACUAACAGCCAUUCAGAAUGUGAUGAAGCUAGUUAAAAAUCUAUACGAGGGAGGAUCUAUUUCUGAGCAAUAGAAGCAAGACAUAUUUGACAAAGUGUCUUCAAAAGAUAACAUUAUAUUUAUGGCUGACGAACUUCUUAAGAACUAUCAAAAUAAUGAUGAACUGGCAAUAAUGAUAAUCAAUAUAAUAAUCUGCUUCAACUCAAUCUAGAACAAACUAGAGUCAUCAAGAGUCAAAUCCUGGAUAAGCAACUUUAGCUCCAGACUCAUUGAGUCCUCCAAGCCAGAGUUUUAAAAGGCAAGGUAGUGGUACCUUGAGAAAUAUGUGUUUAUUAUAGAGCUUUUGGUGAUUAAAAAUAUUGAUAAGAUCGAUAAAGAGAUUACUGAUGAUAUUUUAAGGGUGCUUGAGAUUGAUACCACUGCUUUUACCAAAACUAUUUGGUUUAAAAUAAUGAAGAUAUUGGGACAUUUAUAGUAUUUACAAGAGAUUACAAAUCAAACGAUUUUGGAAUAGAUAUUUAAAUUCAUAAUAUAGGCUUAUGAAAAAGCUAAUGAACAUCUCUGCUUUUAUUAUUUCAUGAGAAUUAUAAUUAUGAUCAUUAAGAAAGUUGAUAACAAUGCUUUAUUCAGAGCAUCUAAAUUCUAUCAGAUAAUAUUUAGCAGUUCAGUCUAAUUCCUAAAGGCUAAUUAUAAAGUUAAUAACGAUCCAUUGAUUCUUGAGAUUCUACUAUAUCUUGUUGACUUCUUCAAGUAUCUGAUGAACUUUUCAAUGCUAUUCAUAAAUCUUAAUAACAAUAUGAUGUAUGAUAAUAAUCAAAGAACUAAGUAGAAUCAAUUGUCUGUCAAUGAGAUUAUCAACUGCUUUGUCGAAAUGCUUGGUAUUCAUGAUAAUCCAUCGCUAAUUAAAGGACUUACUAGCUCACUUGUAGAGGCUUCAAAGAUUACAGCGUUCUUCCCUGAUAUCCUUAAUGAUCAAUCAUUGAACGUUAUCUUCCACAAGAUCCUUAACGGAAGCAGUCUUGAAAACAAAAGCCUUGACAAUCUGAGUGACUGCUUUAAAAAUAUACUGCUUCAGACUAAAAUUCCCAUUAAAUACUUAAUUGCCUCUACUAUACUCAGACUUACUGAGCCUAAGCCAAGUUGGAAAGAUAAGGAUGAGGGAAAUAUAAUAACAUUGAUGAAGAUUCUAUAGCAGGUUAUUAAGUCCCUAGAAGAGAGUAAGGAUGCCGUACAGUCAAAUGCCUAGAACCAAAUGGACGAUGAAAAUAUGGAUACAUUCUCUGAGUUGCUUAAGAAGUCAACUAAAUACAGUCUUAUAGCAAUCACUAAUAUUCUCAUUAAAACUAAUGCAGAGUAUAUUUUCAAUAGGAGACUCAAUCUAGCGUAGAUUAUGAUCGAUUACUCUAACUUUGAAGCAGACUCUCAACUAAAUUUGAGGUUCUUGUAUUUGCUUUACAUAUGCCUUGAUAAGAACAUAGGCAAGGAUAUUCAGCCUUCUACCAUGCAGAGUCUGACUAAUUUCUUGCUAUCUAAUGUUCACAAGUACAGCAGUGUGCUGCUUAUGAAAGAAUGCUAUCACUAUGAGAUUACUACAUUCAAGACGAAUCUGCAAAUACCAAAUAUUCUUCAUUCAAGCUCAGUUAGCACUGUGUUUACACAUCCAACUAAGCCGAGAGAGACCUCAGGCUAGAUUACUGUAGGCAUUUUAGAUAAUGGAAAUCAUACUGAGACCAACAGAAUAGCAAAAGCUCAUUCAACAAUUACAUAGCAGGAUUUGCUAAAUGUCCAGGCUCUAGGUGGUUUCGGUUCAUCAAGUCCAAGUGGUUCAUCAUAAAACUCGUCUUCUUAGAAUAACACUCAAUAUCUAGAUUAUUUCUUCUUUGAAAACGAGGAAAAUCCAAUUAGGAAAAUUGAUGCUAUCAGACUGUCACUCUGUAUGACUAUCAAAGUUAUUUAUAAGUUAUCAUCGAUAAAGAAGAUGGCAUACUGUCAGUUCAUAUUGGAAAAUGAGUUGUCUGCUGAGAUAUUCAAAUAUCUGAUCCAAUAUAUUGAAAAUGGUGAUCAAUCAUGUUUCAGAGAGAUUUACUAUGUAAUUAAGAUCAUAAAGAACUGUUCUGAGUUUAUUCAACUGCACUCCUUGAUAUUGCAGAAGGACACAAUUUACUAUCUGAUUAAAAUCGCUGAGAAAGCUAUUUAAGAAGAACCUCCUAAUGCUCAGAAUUUCACUCAAGCACUUCAAUAGAAUCAAGAUCAAAAUCAAGUCGACUCUAACGAGAAUUUCAGCUUAAAGAUGAAGUCUUUGAUUAUUGCAAUAUUAAGGACAAUGAUGAGUUUAUGCACAACAUCUGAAUUCCAGUGGCAUAUCUAAAAGUACAACAUACUAGAUUUGGUCUCAAAGCUGAAGGAGAAGGAUGACUAGAAGAUCAACGAGGUUGUGAAGGACUUCUGGGAGAAGGUGGUAUAUCACAGCACUGAGUCUACAUACUUGAUGGCAGAACAAGAUUUCUAUACUGAGAUGGCCAACAUUAUUCAUGAGAGAGAAGAUAAGCAAAUAAAGACUCUUUAGAACAUUGAAAAUGCACUUAUUUAGAAGAAGGUAAAGCUGGACAAGUUUAGCAACCACGAGUUAGACAUCCUAUUAAAGCUGCUUAAAUUGGGUCAGACUGACGACGAGCACCGAUACGAGUUUAUUUAGGCUAAGAAGUCAAUCUUGAACAUUAUGAAUUUUAUCUAUGUCAACAAAUUCCUCAAAGAAAACAUGCAGCCAAGCAUUCUUUUCAUCGAUUCGAACUAGGAACUCAGUAGCAACCAGAUUGAAAUCCAUAAGAGUUCCUAAGCCUUCGUAGCAAGCAUAGUGGAAAGACAAGACAUGCUCAAUACUCUGCUGUUUAUGGCUCAAAACCCUAAGGUCUAUUGGGAAGUAUUCGAGCGCAUCAGCGAAAUCACUAAUUCCUACACUCAGAGCAACUACAUGAGAGAGGACUGUUUGAUAGAGUAUGUAAUGCCUAUCUUCUAUCAGGUGGUCAGUUAAAAGGAAGGAAGUGUAAGCGUUGGCUCUCUUAACAUGGUGCUUAGCUGCAUUAUCAGACUACUUAAAAUGGAAGAUACUCAGCAUUUGAUACUUACGUAGUAUGACUUGCCAUCGUUGCUGUCUCAAGUGAUUUAGAAUACAUCAGCAUUCAACAAUGAUAUGUUCAAUACUAAUCUAGAGAUAAUUGUGAAGCUGAUUUACUAUAGUUCUGAAAAGGUUUCUCCUUCAUCUGAGCAGUUCUUACUCAACCUGAUUUCAAACUAGCAAAGCGUUGAACUUAACAGACUCGGCCUAUUCUCACUUUACUGUCUUUCACUUGCGAUUCAGGAGCAGAAUUAGAUUCACAACUUGUUCCUAUUUGACAGAGACUUGAUACUCAGAGGUAUUUUCGCUUUCUUGAAUGUCAAGAGAAAGCAAAUUGAGACUAAGAUUAAUACUCAAUCACAGCAUAGCUCUACUGGCUCUACAGUUCAGUAAAACAUCAACGGAAAGCUUAAGCAAGUUGCUCUCUAAAUCAUAAUCAAUGUCUUGGAGUUAGUAACUUAGGAAGCAACAAAUAAUGAUCUAAUCAUCGGAGAGGAAUUUGGAACGAUUGCACAGAAAAUUAUAAUGGAUUUCAAUUUCCUACAAAUACUCACUAUUAUCUGCUUCAACAAUGAACACAACAUUGAGGAUAGAAAACUAGCAGCCAGAGGCUUUUCAACUGCGCCUUUCCAUCUCAUAAUGAAACAAAACCCUCUAAUUUUCUAGAAAUAGACCAACUAGCAGACGAACUAGAUGUAUGAGCCCUUUACGAUUCAAUCUUUCUUUUAAGGCCUUGGCAUCAUUAUAAAGAUCUAGGACAAUGAGUCUACUUACUUCGCUCUUUUCACUCUGUUUAACUUUCUCUCUAAUCUUAAUUUCAUGAAUGAAAACGCUCAUAAUCCCUCAUAAAGCUCUCUCUAAGUGCAAUCAUCAGGGAUUUUAACUUUGGAUUAGAUUAGCAAGACUAAGCUGAGUUAGAUUGACUAUUCGAUGAUGUGCGCUUGCUUGAUUAAAUCAGAGUUAAUGCAGAUUAUCUUGAUGCAACCAUUGAAAACUGAUGACGAGGAUGUGAUGAGAAUAUCGAUGAAACUGCUCAUUCUAAUUAUGUUUAAGGGAUAGUACAAUAAGAUCAUACUUCAUUAAGAAUCGGCUAAUAAUAAUCACUCAUAGAAUAUGAUGAUGGGCGGUAAACUCAAGGUAGAUUAUAAUGCCUUCUAAAAUCAAGUUUUCCAAGAAUUGCAGAUCGACAUGCCAGCUGAGGAGCAAAAAAGCAAGGAUCAGAUUAGAGAACUAAUUAGCAAGUUCUAAAAUUUUGAAGUCACUUAAAUCUCAAACAGUGGCUAUGUCCAAUUCCUACAUUUCCUGUCUCAAAUUAUUAUGAAAACAGCAAUAUACUCUUCCUAGUCAAAUGUUAUCAAUCAAGAAGAAAAAGCAAAAAUACUGCCUCCUCCCAAUAUUCUUGCAGACAUAAUUAUUAAGAGCGCAAUAUAGAUUCAAGGAGAGAAGGAGACUAUAAAGAUAUUACAGUCAAAUGACAAUGCAUCUAGAAAGAUGCUUUUAUACAAGUACUUCUUCUUCAACUAUUUGCUCUCAGUGACAAUACCAGUGAUUAUACAGCACAUUCAUUUGUCUAUGUUCCACGGCUAAGCGGACGAUAAGAUGAGAGACAUUCCAGACAGAAUUUUCAAGACUCUAAUCUAGACUUUAGACCUCUUUAAAGACUAAAACUUGAAUUCGAUUCUAGACCAAAUAAUGGUUGAUGUAGAGUAGCCACUAUCUAAUGCCAAUCAAUAUGAAGAGUCAAAGAAUGAUGGCAAGAAGUAUAACAGUGGUGGUGACGAAGAAGAUGAAGAUGAUGAGGAUGAAAACGAAGACAGUUCAACCACCAGUUCAAUCUUGAGACUAAUUUUAUUCAAUAUUGAAAACCUACUCCGAAGUUCCAUGCCUUUCUUGAAUGACCAGCAUAACUAGGAGAGUAAGAAGUUUAAGCAGAACAGCAAUUAUGUUCCAGAGUUCUUCAUAAUGCAAGAGCCAGUAUUCGAUGUGCUGGUGAAUCUGCUGAUGGAAAAUGAAGAGAAUGGAGAUAUAGUUGAGACUAUCUACUCAAUAUUAGAUAUAUUCAUUCAGGUUGCAAGAGGAUCAAGCACUCAUGAAAAUGUGAAGGUUAUGGAGUCAUCAAAGAUGCUGAUGUCUCUUGGAAUCAAGCACACUGCAAUUUAUCAAUGUGACGUUUCCUAUCAUUUCCUGCAAAAGCUCACUACUAUUUCUGAAAAGUACAAAGGAAAGCCUGAAGUUGAAAAAGCACUCCAACAAAUAAUACCAUUGCAUCUCAAAGAAUAGAUGGACUGA